UAUCUCAAAUCGACGGACACCGAGAAACCGGUGAUUGUAACCGACGUGUACUGCGAUUCACUCAAUAUAACCGACUGUACACUAACUGAGAGCGCGGAUCGGGUGGCCGUCACUGCCUAUAACCCGAUCGCCCGACCCGUCACUCACUACUUGCGAGUGCCGGUCACUGACGGUGUGUAUCGUGUGUUUGACUCGACCGGCGCCGAAGUCGAGGCCAAAUCACUGCUUCCGGUGUCCGAAGCGGUCAGACUAUUGCCCGAACGUAAGGGUAGUCUCGGCACACAUGAGUUGGUGUUCAGCGCAAAGCUACCGGCGCUCGGGUUUACCACGUAUUUUGUUGAGAAACACAAAGUCAUCUUUAAGGAUCUAGACCCGUUAAUGGAUGUGUUGACCGGCGAGCGCACGGCCGAUAACAUUGAAAUGAAGGGCAAAUCAUUUACACUGCAAGUGGACGGCACUACCGGUGCUCUCCAGACAAUUACACUUAACGGACAGAAACACAGACUAAACCAAUCAUUCAAAUGGUAUAUAUCCAUUGGCAAUCAGACGGGUCUCGAGGACUCCGGGAGUUAUCACUUCUGUCCGGACGGCAACGCCCGGGACUACGGGCAACAGAGGCUAAUCUCAAGGCAUACGUCGGGUGCCGUACAUGAGCUGAACCAACAGUUUACUGAUUAUAUACACCAAACGGUGCGCACAUAUGAGGACAGGGAUUACAUUGAGUUUGAUUGGACGGUCGGUCCGAUACCGAUGGCCGACAAGAUUGGCAAAGAGAUUGUCACCCAAUUUGAGUCCGACCUCCAGACCGAUGGCGUGUUUUAUACGGACUCUAAUGGCCGGCAGACUAUACGCCGGAAAUACAACCCCAACAUCAAGGGCUGUACUAAUAGCGUGAUUACCGCCAAUUGGUUUCCCAUUUAUAGUCACGCGUCCGUAAAGGAUGAGAAU